AUUUCACAUUCAAUCGUCUUGCUUUCACAAUUUACAACGCUAAUGUUGAAUUUGAUGUAACAUGAGCCUCUAUAGUCUAUAUACUAUCACCCAAAAUCUAAAGUAUUAUAUUUCAAUUGAAGCUGUUGUGGUUGUUAGCCAAAUUGUAUACAAGCCGAUUUACAGGCUGAGCAAAUCCCCUCUGACAGAUAUAUAAGACUGACGACGAUGAAGAUUAGGCUACAAAUUAGUUCAAUGGUUGCGGCUCAUAACAAUAUUGUGACUUGUCCAUCUUAUCCUCGUUACGCACGGUUGCCAUGGUGACACUGAGAGAAUGUGUUUUGUUAAUCAUAUCAGGGGAGCAGCAAUACAUCACUUUCUCAGUUAUCUGAUAGACUUGUGUAUAUCACCGUUACUUGUGCACUUCUUUUAACGACUGCUUCUAUUUUGAUUGUAUCGCUUCCAAGAAGUUACAACUCGGGAAUAACACUCAGAAAAAAAACCAAACUCCAACUCAACCACUUCGUCUCCCAUAUCACUGCCAUGUUGUGAAGAUGAGUGAAGCUCGAAGUGGGGUAUCAGCGGGGUUUAUCUCUCUGUACCUCAUUAUUGUGCUGACAGCUGGGGGACUGUGCUGCUCGCUGGGGAUGUUUGUUCUCCUAAACUUAGUCAAGGAGACGUCUCCAGGAAAUGGGGGAAAGUACAGGUACUGGCUACAAAUUGUCCUGAAGAACUGCCUAGCCCUGUUCCUGGACGGCCUCAUCAACCUGAUCGUGGUUCUGUCUCCAGGAGGUGACUGGAUCUUGUCUGAGCCAGUUUGCUGGAUUACUGGAUAUGCUCACGUGACCUUGGUUGUGCUCGGUAUCAGCUUUAUAUGUGCCACACAGUUUUACCAGUACCUCGCUGUAGUGCUCAUGCCGCUGGAGCACCCCAAGUUUAGACACAACGUUAUCCUCUGGUCGGUGUCAUGGGGAGUGCCUGCUCUGAUUAAUGUGAUAAUUCCCGCCUCUACUGCUACAGAUUUCAACUUCUCGUUCAGCAGACUGUCUUGCACAUUCAUGAGAGAUGGAAACAACAAUCACGAUACAUCACUUCUAAUACUCAUCGCUACAUCACUGGGUUUCACGUGUGUCUUCAGUGCCAUUCUUACCCUCAAAGUUUACUCAGCUCAAAAAGAGGACACAGUACUCCAGAAGGAAGCUCGUCAUAUCAGUCUCUUCGGAGACAAACUUGUCAAGCAACAACGAAAAGAGACAUCACUUUAUGUUAAUGCUGAGACUCAUGCAGCAGAUUUAAAGCUAAACUCGUUACUUGCUCUAGUCAACAUUUGUGUGAUGAUACCCUACGUGUGUAUGCUCUUCGUGUCCUCCGCUAACAGUGGAUCAGUGGAUAGAGAAGGGGAAGAGUUCGUGAUCCUGAUGCUACGUCUGUCUCCACUGCUAGACUUCGCUGUUCUUUGUCAGGACCUUAUAUUCAGGCAGCGAGUCCUGGGCUGUGUUAAAUCUCUGGACUAUAUUUGCAAAUGUUUUCAUCUCAGAAACGUCUUGUGCGCGGGAAAGGUAACACCCGCCGCCACUAUUUUGGUGAACGAAGGGCCACAAGUAAGCGAAGAUCAGUGAAAUAGAAACUCUAAAUUGUAAAUAUGACACUUCACGUUACGUGAGCUAGUUUUUGGUAAUCUGAUCAUGAUCACUAAGAUAAGAUGAAAUGAUGAGAUAAAAACUGCUUAUAACUGCCCUUCAAGUUUAUUAUUUAAAUAUUAUAUUUAUUUCCGUAAUCAUUAACAAUACUAGGCAUGUUUGAUCAUAAAGACUGUUCAAUUUUAAUUAUUUACGUCUUCUGCAGUGGUUUGUUAAGACAAAUUGUAAAUGAAAAUAUAUCGUGUUUUCAAUUCAAAUACUUAUCUAAUAUCUAAUUACACACACCUG